AUGUCGCUUAAUUUUAUGAUGAAAAAGAAUUUUACUUCAUUUUUAAUAAUAGUGUUGGUUUUGUUUAUUUCGAUUAAAUGUGUUUCAGCUCAAUCUGAUAGUCCAUCCCCAACUCCCAGUAGUCCGACUCCAACUCCUGACAGUCCAACUCCAACUCCUGAUAGUCCAACUCCAACUCCUGAUAGUCCAACUCCAAUUCCUGAUAGUCCGACUCCAACUCCUGAUAGUCCAACUCCAACUCCUGAAGUGACAUCUCUACCUGAAGAUACUUCUCAACCAACCACUCGUGAAGACACCUCUCAACCAAGCAAUCCUGAAGAGACUUCUUAUGCAAAGGCUCCUCUACCAACCACUGAAGAGACUCCUCCACCAAACACACCUGAAGGGAGUUCUCUACCAACUACUCCUGAAGACACCUCUCAACCAAGCACUCCUGAAGAGACUUCUUAUGCAAAGGCUCCUCUACCAACCACUGAAGAGACUCCUCCACCAACUAACACUAAAGACAAUCCUCCACCAACCACUCCGAUAACUAUAACUUCAUAUGGUAAUACAACUUCAACUGAUGGAACUGAUAGUUCUACUGUUAGAUCAACCACUGCAACUUCUUCAUUAAAAACUAUUGAAGCUCCUAUUGUUACUAUUACGAAAGAAACAGCUACAACUAGUAGCCACACUUGCAACGCGUGUAAAAUUGAUACUUCAGUGGAUACCAAUAACCAUAGUGGUAAAAGAACUAUUAUAACCACAAAAAAUUCACGUUCUGGUGUUCUCACUACUAUCACUGCGAAUACUUCUUACCCUGUUACAAUGAUAACAUUCAUGACCACCACUUUCUUUAGUACAAUUACAAUAUAUAUUCCAGGUUAUACUACAUUUUAUGUAACAACUACAACCAAAAGAACAAUUACAGCUUCAUAUUAUGUUCCUCCAGAUACCGUGAUUUUGGUUUCAGAAGUUACUGCAUUUAAAUCCGUGUUGGUUUCAUUAAUUUCAAUUAGAUAUGUUUCGGCUCAAUCAACAGCAUCAACUGAAAAUGAAUUAACCACUAUAACUCCAAUUUCUGAUAGUUAG